UCCCCAAAAUCCCGUUAACCCUUCUCUCCCCCAAAAUCGAGCCGCCUCCUCUCCCCUCUCCUCUUCCUCCCCCCGGAAGCUCCAAGAAAUCUCCCGAGCGCGAUGGCGGCGCCGGCGCAGCUGACCCCCGGCGGGGUGGUUGCCGUCUCCAAUCACGCCGACGGCGAGGGGACGCUGCAGCCGGUGCUGCAGGUGGUUGACGUGCGGAGGGUCACCCAGAAGAACCAGAACCCCAGCGCCUCCGAGCGCUACCGGAUGGUGCUCUCCGACGGCGUCCACGCGCUGCAGUCCAUGCUCGCUACCGCCGAGAACCACCACAUCCGGGACGGCACCAUCCAGAAGGGCUCCAUCAUCCACCUCCAGGAGUUCACCUGCAGCACCAUCCAUAACCGCAGGAUCAUUAUUAUUAUCAAACUUGAAGUUCUGCAAAGUGAGUGUGACAUAAUUGGAAACUCGAAACCCUAUGAGGUAAAUGUACCUACAGAGCAGCCCCCCAACUUACUGGCCAAUGCUGCUCAAGUUAAUAGCGGACCAUAUUCCAGUGGCCCAGGCGUGCUGGGAUCUUCUGUUGCUCCAAGGGCAGCUCAGGUUGCUAAUAAUGUAAACCUUCCUACUGAGCAGCCCCCUAACUUACUGGCCAAUGCUGCACAAGUUAAUAGCGGACCAUAUUCCAGUGGCCCAGGCAUGCUGGGAUCUUCUGUUGCUCCAAGGCCAGCUCAGAUUGCUAAUAAUGAAAACCUUCCUACUGAACAUUCCCCCAACUUCCUGGCCAAUGCUGCUCAAGUUAAUAGUGGACCAUAUUCCAGUGGCACAGUCAUGCUGGGAUCUUCUGUUGCUCCAAGGGCAGCUCAGGUUGCUAAUAAUGUAAACCUACCUACUGAGCAGUCCCCCAAUUUCCCAGCCAAUGCUGCUCAAGUUAAUAGUGGACUAUAUUCCAGUGGCACAGGCAUGCUGGGAUCUUCAGUUGCUCCAAGGGCAGCUCAGGUUGCUAAUAAUGUAUCACAUGGUGGAUCUUAUGGUGGUUAUCCGGGUACGGUGGGCCCUUCAAUUGGUCGGGCAGUAGAACCGGUUCCCAAUGUGUCAUCUGGUGGCUCUUAUGGUUUUUAUGGUACAGCUUCAGCACACAAUACAAUGCAUGCUGACAUGAUGCAGUCAAACUUGCAGCAGCCUUCACUGAACUCUCACCAGAACCAAAGGUUUGCAGUUCCUGCCAUGGCUGGUGGCAGUGGUACUCCUGGCAAUACUUACGGCCGCCCUGCACAGUCCUUUUAUCAGCAACCACCUCCAGGGCAUAUGAAUAGAGGUCCUGUUACCAAGAAUGAAGCUACCCGUGCUGCUGUCCCAGUGGCUCAGUUGAACCCCUACCAAGAAAGAUGGACAAUCAAGGCUAGAGUGGCUUCAAAGACUGAUCUUAGACACUUUAACAAUCCGAGAGGUCCUGGAAAAGUCUUCUCCUUUGAUCUCCUUGAUGCAAGUGGAGAAAUCCGUGCAACAUGCUUCAAUGCGCAGGCUGAUCAGUUUUUUGACCUAAUUGAGGUUGAUAAGGUGUACCUGAUAUCUAGAGGGUCGCUGAAACCUGCACAGAAAAAGUUUAACCCUUUGAAUCAUGAGUACGAAAUAACUGUGGAUUUCAGAACUUCUAUUGAAGUUUGCCCUAGUGAUGAUAGCAGCAUCCCUAGGCAGCAGUACAAUUUCCGGCAGAUAAGUGAAAUUGAGAACAUUGAGGUUGGUGCUAUUGUGGACUUGGUUGGGAUUGUUACAUCAGUUAACCCUUCUGCCACAAUAACGCGAAAGGAUGGUUCGGAAGCCCAGAAAAGAACUCUUCAACUGAAAGACAUGUCUGGUCGAAGUGUAGAAAUAACCUUUUGGGGGAAAUUCUGUGAUGCUGAAGGCCAGCAGCUGCAGUUGCAGUGUGAUUCUGGUUUGAAUCCUGUACUAGCUUUGAAAAGUGUUCGUGUUACUGAAUUCAGUGGUAGAUCUGUGAGCUCAAUCAGCUCAACCCAAUUAAAAAUAAACCCAGACUUUCCUGAGGCUGAGAAGCUGCAGCGCUGGUAUGUAACUGAAGGAAAGACUGCUACUUGUGUUUCUUUGUCAGUGGCAAGUAUGGGCAAGACUGAUGUACGGAAAACAGUUGUGCAAAUCAAGGAUGAAAAUCUGGGGCGAUCAGAGAAGCCAGACUGGAUCACUGUUAAAGGUACAGUUUCGCAUUUGAACACUGAUAACUUUUGUUACCCUGCCUGCACCAUGGAGGUGAAUGGUAGGCAGUGCAACAAAAAGGUGAUAAAUAACGGUGACGGGACAUGGCAUUGUGACAGAUGCGACCAGAGCUUACCAAAUUGUGAGUAUAGGUACUUACUGAUGUGUCAGAUCCAGGAUCAUACUGGGCUCACCUAUGCUAACGCAUUCCAAGAGGCUGGUGUGGAGAUAAUGGGCUGCAGCGCCGAAGAGCUUUACAACAUGAAAGAAGAAGACACGGAACGAUUUGCAGAUAUCAUACAGGGGGUUCGCUGGCAGCAGUUUCUAUUCAAGCUGAAAGUCUAUGAGGAGACCUUUAAUGACGAGCAGCGCGUCAAGUGCAGCAUUGUGAAAGCUGAGAAGCUUGAUCUGUCGAGAGAGUGCUCUUACCUUCUGAAGGGGAUUGGUGCCCUAUUGCAGGAUGAUACGGGCUCACCUUCUGAGGUGCAAGGUGCCAUGGCCUAUAGUGCUGGUCUCAAUACCUCGGGCGCUGGACAAGGCAUGCCAGCCUCCAACAGUGCCUAUGCCACGAGUAUGGGCACUCCAAGGUAUGGGGAGACCGGGAACCAGCUUGGGCAGCAAGCAAACACAUACGGUGGGGUGUCCACUCCAUUAUCUGCGACACGGAAUGUGGAGACCUGCAUGGGUUGCGGGUCAAGUGGGCACAAUGCCCAGAGCUGUCCUGCAAGCAUGUAUAGGCAGCAGCAGCCUGCUGCGAACACGGCUAGCUCCUAUGUCUCUUCACCUGGCGAUGCUGGCUCUGGUCGGUGUUUCAGAUGCAAUCAGCCUGGGCACUUUGCCAACGCUUGCCCUGGUGUGGGUGCUGCAUCAGGAGGGUAUGGUAGGCAGCCCUACGUUAGGGCUACGAAUUACUGAAGUGAUACCUUGGUAAUCAGGUGUGUUUUUGGUUCUGUUGAGAUGCCUGUAUGGCGUCACAGGGUCUGUAAAGUAGAUUUCUUUUGUGGUUGCCUGAAUCUGAACCAUGUAUCGAUACUUCGAUCAGUGUUUAUAUUCAUUUUAUAUGUGUUUUGUAUGAUGA